AGUGAAUUCAAAGGCCCAGUCAAGUGAGUGAUAAGCCCAUCAAAAGCUACAAGAUGAGAGUUGGGCUUAAACUUAGCCCAAUUGAUAUUUGACUUGAAGAAAAACCCUAAUUCGAGUAGUUGUCUAUAAAUUGAUAUCUGCAGAGUACAAAGAGGGUUCUCCUACAGAUUCUUCAGCAACUGCGAUUUUGGAUCGGAACCUCUUCUGCGGCGUAGCAAUGGGACACUCCAACGUUUGGAAUUCUCACCCAAAAAACUACGGUCCUGGUUCUCGCACUUGCCGAGUGUGUGGGAAUCCACAUGGAUUGAUCAGGAAGUAUGGCCUUAUGUGCUGCAGGCAGUGCUUCCGUAGCAAUGCCAAGGAAAUUGGCUUCAUCAAGUAUCGCUAAAAGAGCUGUUGUCACCUACGGACCAAUAUUAUGUUCUGGCACUAGGAUGUUUUGAAGAUGUUAUGUUUGAAGAAACUUGAGACUUGUUUUUUUCAUCUAUUUUAUUAUCAGACAUAAUGUGUGGAACGAAUAAUACUUUUAUAUAAAUUGUUUUGCACUAUUGGCCUC